UAUGUGUGAUAUGUCAAAUUUACAGAAUUUCAGCAGGCAAUUGUAGCGCCAUUUUUUGCUUACAAACGGUUUUUGUGUUUUGCGAUUUCAUAUUUGGAGUUUUUCUGUAAUAAAAAUUAAGAUAUUUGUGUAUACUGCACAGUUAAAUAAAAUUGAAAAUGUUUGGUGGAACUAAACCAACGUUCGGCACCACUACGACGGGCACUGGUUUUGGUGGUUUCAGCAGCACAACCACCUCUUCACCGUUUGGACAAUCUGCGUUUGGAAAGCCAGCCCCAUCGGCCUUUGGAGCUGCUCCAACUUUUGGCACACAACAACAAACACCUUCAUUAUUUGGUGCAAAUACAGCUCAAACACAAUCAACGGGCUUAUUUGGCGCAGCAAACACUACUGCUUCAGCUUUCGGUGCCACUACAACUGCACAGCCUGGAUUUGGAGGUUUUCAGCAAACAACACAAGGGGCUUCGAUGUUUGGCUCUGCUCAACCUGCAGCCAAUACAAGUUCCCUCUUUGGCCAAUCCACCCCAUCAGCAUUUGGAUCUGCUGUUAAGCCUGGCACGUUGGGUGGCUUUGGUCAGACGGCUACACAACCAACAACAUCUUUGUUCGGCCAACAAGCAGCGGCAACAAGCACACCUGGCUUUGGUACUUUUGGACAGGCGCAGCCAACUACCAGCAAUGUGUUUGGUAGUGGUACUACCAUGAUGAUGGGCGCUAAUGCGGGCACAUCCAUAGCAAAAUAUCAACCUACUAUUGGCACAGAUACGCUCAUGAAAGGCGGUCAACCAAAUACAGUGAAUACCAAGCAGCAUUGCAUUACGGCCAUGAAAGAGUACGAAGGCAAAUCGUUGGAAGAGUUGCGUUUAGAAGAUUAUAUGGCAAAUCGCAAAGGUCCCCAAGCAGGCACGUCAGGUGCCAGUUCUGGCUUCUUUGGAUCAACCACACAACCAACAUCCACAGGCACAGGCCUCUUCGGUGCAACCGCUCAACCAACCACUGGACUUUUUGGACAAACAGCCACAACAACAACAGAAAAUAAAGGUUUAUUUGGCGCUAGUGCUUUCGGACAGACUAAUUCUGCAUUCGGCGCAACCACGCAACAAAACAGCUUCUUGGGGAAACCAUUUGGUGCACCAGCUGCCACUGGUUUUGGGGCGGCAACAACAGACUCUUCCAAUUUAUUUGGUGCUAAGCCAGCUUUCGGCCAAACCCAACCCAGCUUAUUUGGACAAACCUCAACUGCAACCACCGCACCAGCGUUCGGACAAACUUCUACCGGUUUCGGUGGCUUUGGUACGGCAGCACCUGCUCAACAAACUUCGCUUUUUGGUGCACCAGCUGCUGAUGCGAAUAAACCUGCUUUUGGGCUGGGUACAUCAACGGCCACCAACACUGGCUUUGGCGGUUUCGGUGCUGCAGCAACUAGCACUGCCGGCACUGGACUAUUUGGUGCCAAACCUGCUGCCACCGCCUUCGGUGCAGCGCCCCCCUUUGGUGCCACAUCUCAAGCUAAUACAGGUUUUACAAAUUUUUCGCUCGGAAACCCAACCGGUGGACUAUUCAAUUCAACAUUAAAUAAACCUGCUACUUCGGGAUUUGGUGCAUUUGGCACACAGACAUCUACAGCUCCACUGAAUUUCAACUCCGGUUCUACUGCGCCUUCGCUGUUUGGCAAUGCUUCGGCCAAACCCGGAGGACUCUUUGGAACUUCACUCGGCCAAGGAACUACCAACCCAACUGGCGCUCUCUUUGGCGGUGGUGGGGCCAAUGCAUUCGGUACUGGUACUACUCUUGGUGGUGCUUUCGGUUCGAGUACACUUGGAGGCGGCAAUAUGACACUUGGUGGUCUAGGUGGCGGUCAGCAGCAACAAGUAGCGCCGAUUCAUCAACAAAUACUAUCGAAAGUAACCUCACCAUAUGGCGAUAAUCCUAUAUUCAAAGACCUGAAGCGUAGCGAUGAAACAGAUGCCACACGUGCAACAAAUCCCGCAGCACAAAAAGCAAUACUCGAAUCAACUCUCACCCAAUUUAAGGUAUCCACCAGAUCCAGCCCGAGCGUUGUGCGUGUGAAACCAAUCACAAGUGCACUGACCAAGAAAUCACUUUUCGAAGGCCUUGAAGAAUUCGACUCAAGUGUGGAGACCUUUAGUCUAAAACCAAAUGCGAAGCGACUGAUAAUCAAACCCAAGCCGGCUAAUGCGGUUGUGGGCAGCAAUGCAAACAUCAGCCCUACUAGACAAACGGGAUUGCAGGAUUCCCUAUCCAGCGGCGUGCAGCGCCAAGUGGGCGGUAUGACACAAUCUCCUGCAUCAUCUGCGCUACGCAAUGAAUCAUUCUCAGGCCAGAUAAUGCUGGAUCCACCAACAUCCCAGGGGGGCAAAUCUGCUGCAUAUCCCGCUCUUCCGACAGCAGUACAGGAUGGGCGAGAGAGCGACAUUGGACGACGAGAAUCCUGGCUACAUCCCAAUAAUGUGGAGAAGAUGCGUCAACAAAACUUAAAUAACAGCAUCGAUGGCGCCAUGCCUCUUAACAGUACACUCUCCGAACUCGUACCACGCAAGCCCCUGGAGACUUAUCGGUCAACAAGCACUGGUGCUACGGGCACACCAACCGGUCGUUCGCCUGCCCCCACAUCGCUGGAGAAUCCGUUUGACGAGCAAACAAGUCGCGACGUAUCACGUCGUGAAUUGCCCGAGAGCCACGAGGAAAGUUUGUUUUCCAAUCGUUCAUACGGUAUUGACGAGCGUUCAAUAGUCGAAGAAACAUCUGGAGUCCACGAAGAGCAUCCCACCGGUAUAACAUUAAGACGAAUUGGGUAUUACACAAUUCCCUCAUUGGACGAUUUGAAGUCGUAUCUUGCCGAGGAUGGUUCGUGUGUUGUGCCCAACUUUACCGUAGGACGUGAGGGUUAUGGCAAUGUUUAUUUCGGAAAGGAAAUGGAUGUAGCUGGCUUAAACUUGGAUGAAAUAGUACACUUCCGUAAUAAGGAAAUUAUCAUCUAUCCGGAUGAUGACAACAAACCACCCGUCGGAAGUGGUUUGAACCGCGAAGCUCAGGUAACAUUGGAUCAAGUUUGGCCGCAUGACAAAACCAGGCAUGAACCAAUUAAGGAUCCGGUGCGGCUUGCCGACAUGGAUUGGGAAGGAAAACUGCGGCGAGUUUGCGACAAAAAUGACACGCGUUUUAUUGAAUAUCGUCCGGAGAUGGGCAGUUGGGUAUUCCGCGUGAAGCACUUCUCCAAAUAUGGACUGAAUGACAGCGAUGAAGAAGAUGAGGCUGUGCCUACUGACCCGAAAAAAGCAAAAAUGGGUGGGCCGGGCGCACCAGGUGGCACAGCGGUGGCGACUGGACAAGGCGCAAAAGCCAAGACAACUACAACGGAUAAAAUAACAAUGGCUUCGCUGAAGAAUGCUCAGAAGAUCUCUGAGGAUGCUGCUCGUGCGCUUGACCCAAAAAGUCUCACAGCCGGUGCUACGAAUUUCUAUCCCAUGGAUGAGUCUGCCGAAUUUAUGUUGAUCGAUAAGACACAAUUCUUGCAAGCAAACGGCAAUGAUUUUCCCCUAUACGAGCAACAACAAAUUCCGCGCGUGACUAGUCCGACCGCUUUUUUAGCGCGUGAGGCUGGCACUGACGCUCACAAGUUGCAGUUGAUGAAGGCUUCCUUCUUUGGAGAUGAUGAUUUUGAUAACAAAUCAGUAGGCGCUCGUGAUGAGGUGGAAAACAGCUGUGAUUAUAAUCGUAAUCAAAGUCGUCGUGCGGGUUUGUUCGGGAAAAAAAUGCAAGACUUGCACGCUUCUACGCAGUCGUUGUGGAAGGAAGUUGGCCAUGGUGGUACACUUUCAGAGGCAUCGAGUCAGUUGGAUUUUGUAGUGCAGCCCUCACCUUUGCCGCCCUCUUCUUCCGCUUCUGUUAUGAGCCUUAUGCGCGAAAUUGAUACUGAGGCAUCAACUCCAGGACUCGGUAGUGACUCGGCAGUUGUGGCACCACUCGUUAGAAUACCGGAAUUUUCCAUAAAGCCAAAAAUGGCCAGCAUAAAAGUUAUGGCCCAUCAAGUGCCCAUUGCAAACUCGCUGGCCUUCAAAUUAAAGGGCAAAUGGGCUGCAGAUAUGGGGUUGUAUAAUUUUCGUCGUUUCAAAACUGGUUUCGGGCCGCAAAAUACUCUAAUCGUGCCGUCCACACGCAAGAAUCUGGAUCAUGAAGUGAAAAAUGAGCACCUUUACGAAGUAUCGCCGUACAUAUUUAAAGGCCGAGGCGCCAAUGAUUACACUAAAACUAUAUUACAGCACGUGAAAAUAUCUUCCGUAAUGCACUACGAGCAUUUCAAGGAGAGUAUUGUAAAACACUUGGAGCUGCAAUUGCGAAACUCGCUGCAAGAAGACGUUGAGGGCAGUGAAUGCCCUUGGAUUAAGUCGGAUAAUGGCACUGAUUUGAUUGGAAAGCAUCUGGAUGAAGCCAUUAAACAAAUUAAUCUCGGACCUCUGGAGGAGUAUGCGGUUUCGGUGUGGUCUCUUUGUCUGGCCCUGUGGGGCGAUCAUGAAGAACUUGAAGGCCGUGAGCCAACUUCACACUUUGCUGUGAUGUGUCGCCGUAAUCUGCUCUCCGAGUGGUUGGAGAAUACGUUGACCGAUAAAGAUUUGCUAACAAAGAACGUGUCCAAGCACACUUAUCUGGACCAUUUGCUAGAGUUGGUGAUGUGCCACAAAGUGAAUGAAGCAUGCGAUUUGGCUUUUCGUUAUGACGACGCAAAUUUGGCAUUAUUGCUGUCACAGCUCUCAUCGGGGCCCACAGUGCGCCAGCUGUUAGAAGAUCAAUUGGCCGCUUGGCACAAAGAUGAAGCUGAUAAAUUCAUACAAUUGGAGCGUUUGAAGCUGUACAUGUUGGUAGCCGGUGUUGCGCUAAUGGAUUCAGGCCACGGGCCCAUUAAUACCUUGGAUGGCAUUGAGUGGACAAAAGUGUUGGCGAUUCAAUUGUGGUACCUCUCGUCGCCUACCGCCUCUAUAACCGAUGCGCUAUUGGCUUAUGAAAAAUCAUUUAAGUCGGAGGAAUUUUAUUCCUUGCCACCCACCCCCUGUUAUAUAGACAAAACCAGUCUGAAUGAAAAGUAUGCGCUCUACGACUUGCGCUACCAUUUGCUGCAAUUGUUCUCGAAACGCAGUCACCCAUUGGAGAGUUUGUUGAAUCCGGCCACUCAUACGGCCGAUCCCAUGGACUACCGCUUGAGUUGGUUACUUUUGCAAACAUUGGAGGCCAUCGGUUACCGCCACUGCUCAGAGUUAAGCGAAAGUCAAUUGCAUGUCGGUUUUGCUAGUCAACUGGAGAAUUACGAACUGUGGGAAUGGGCUAUAUUCGUUUUGCUGCACAUAAAAGACCGCAAUCAGAGAGAAUUAGCUGUGCAAAAUGUGCUUUAUCGCUAUGUGAGCGUUUCAAAAAGUGUUGCAUUAUCGGAAAAGGAGAAGUUUGUAAUAAACAACUUGGGUGUACCGGAAAAAUGGAUUGAUUAUGCAAAAGGCGUGAAGGCGGGCGCCACAGGCAAUCAUCACAUGCAAGCAAAAUAUCUGCUAAAAGCGAAACAAUGGGCCUUGGCGCACGAAGUCAUUUUCCAAUAUAUUGCACCUGAUGCAAUUAUCAAUGAUAAUCUGGACUAUUUACACAAUCUGUUGAGCCAAUUUGAAGGCGCCGAGGCAAACAAAACCAUAAAAGUACCAAAUUGGUCUAAUCAGGGACAAAUAUUUUUAGACUUUAUCGACAUCAACGAAAAGUUCAAGAGUCUAAAAACACUCAAGACGGAGGCGGAUAUAGAGGCGCGUUGGGAGAAUUUGAAACCGCAAUUGGCUGAUUUAUGUUCACGCAUAAAUCUGUUGCCCUGCCCCACGGCCAAGCACCGUCUGUGCCAAAGUGAAAUAGCACAGAAUUUGGCCUGUUUAGUGCGCGGCGUAUUGCUCGUUUGUCCGGUGUUGAAUCCGUGUUUGAUUAUAAAAAUUGCAUUGGAACGCCUGCCAUUGCCUCAGGAAUUUGCACAACAAGAGCUGCGUGCACUGCUCGAUACGCUCGUCGAUGACUUGGCGAAAGUGAAUGCAAGCGAAAAUAAUGAAAUAAUGAUGGUCAAAUGACAUUGAGUGUGCACUGCAUUGAAGUAAAAAAGUUAUUGUUAAUUUUAGACAAAAGUAAGCUUCGGUUGAAGGUAGUUUUACAUUGUAAAUUUGAAAUAGCAACGCACUUGGUUGACUUUCGAAACGUAUAAUUGUCUGGCAUGAAAGCGUACAUGAAAAGAUAUGUUGCAUAGUGCUGUAGUGCUGUGGUGACACUUAGUGACCCAGUUAUGUGGCGUAGUGUGUCAGCACUUUAGCACUUGCAAUGACGCUUGCUUUGAUACGUUUCUGAAGUCGCCCCAUACGUACGUAUAAAGCGAAGAUAGUGUUGAACCUGUGGUCUUACAUCUGUCGUCACUAACGUUAACGUUUAACGUAAGAAUUAAAUUCUUUUUAAUGUUUUUUUUUAUAAAAAAUGCUUAAAUCCACAAACAUCUGUUAUAAUCCACCUCUAUUCGUACAAUUUGUUUAAUUUUGAGUAUAGUUUAGUGUAAACCUACAAUUAAAUUCUAAUAAAAAUCAUCAACUACCAUUUA